GCUUUUUGAGGAUUAUAAUGUUUGUUGGCACAUCUUUCUGUUCAGCGUUUUUGUCAGCUCCGAAGUCCUCGCAUGUUUGUUGUUCCACUCGUUUCGGAGACUAGGAGCAAUGAAUAUUCGGUGUAGCUGACCUCCAGGAAAUCUCUUUCUCUCCCCUGCUAACAGCAGCAAUGGGACGUGGAAAGAAGCGAGGGGAUCACCCUCCUCGACCUGGGUCCACUCCUAUGGAUGAAUUCUUGCAGUCCACUGGCCGAUGGCGGAAAUUGAUAGCCAAGGAUGGAUCCUGUCUUUUCCGUGCCGUGUCUGAGCAGCUUUUCCACAACCAAGCCCGUCACAGGGCCAUCAGGCUUCUUUGCGUAGCAUACAUGCGGUUGAAUGCCGAAACCUUCUCAUGUUUUAUUGACGAGGCGUUCGAUGAUUACAUGAAGAAAAUGGAGUCACCACAGGCUUGGGCAGGUCAACUAGAGAUUGAAGCAUUGUCCCGUAUCUACAAGGUGGACUUUGAUGUGUUUCAAGACGUCGGUGCAGCUCCCACCCCGAUCACCAGCAAUGGCUAUCCAAAGAAGAUCAUGCUGUGCUUUUCGGACGGUUCUCACUACGACAACGUGUACCCGAUCAGCUUCAGACGGACUUCAGGAAUGUGUCAGACCAUUGUAUACGACUUGGUGGAUCGAUCCUCGCAAAAGUCAAGCUCCUCUACUGCACAUGGUGAAUCCGCAUGGGCCAGUGGCCGACUCUCAUCAGCAUCCACACAGCAUGAAGAUCAGGCCGGCAGAGAUUAUCGCUAUCGUAAUCUGGAAUUCGAGCAGUGGAAGGCAGAGCGGCAGCAGCAAACACAGAGUGACCGGAAUCUUGCGUCUUCAAUGCAGUUCAACAACGGUGACAUGUGCAUGGCCAAAAUCGACGGCCAGUGGAUGAAAGCGGAGAUCAAGCGUAUUCAACCGGAGAACGUUUCGGCCACUAUUAUGGUGUACGUGUUUCAACUGGGAAAGCGUGAGUGUGUGCCUAUGAGUCGGCUCAAGUCCAUCAACGCGCAGGACGCAGCCACCACAGCACCACAACAACAGCAACAGUUCUCCUCAGUGGGCACAUUCUACAACCAGCUUUCUGACUUUGGGGGAGAUCGUUCUUCAUCCACUGGCGCAGCUUCAUCAGCAUCUACUGAUAGCACCGGUGCUCAAAGUCUGUCGCCGACACAGGAUUUUGCGGAGUCUCGGCGUCGCAAGCGAGGUGGACGCAAUGGCCAGAGUGCUGAUGGAGGCGACGUGUGGCCAUCGCUUCCCAGCGGCAAUGCCAGCAGCGCGACGGCGGAUUUGCAUUCGCCGACGACAGCAGCGGCGGCAGCAGUGUCGGCAACCUCUUCUGGUGGCUUCACUCAGGCGGUGAUGGGUGGUGGCAAGGCGUCGGGUGCUGCGAGCAUGUCAGAUUUUGUGAAUGAUCUGUGCACGCUGGCUAUGGACUGUGCGGAUGCCGACGUGAAGGGUACAACAACCUCCGCCGGCGGCGGCAGUGCCAACAUGAAACCCACUAGCGCUGGCACUGCCGCCGGCGUUGCUGUCGCUAUGGCAACUAGUGAAACUGGAGUCGGGGAGAGUGUGGCUGGUGGCGGCUCUGUCUCCGCUGGCAAAUCGAAAAGUCGACGGCGACGCGAUGCUCGCCGCUCGGCUCAGCAGAAUUCUAGCUCGUCUGCCGUAGCAGGAACUCCUGAUCAAGAACUGGACGCUAGUGUUCGGGAUCAGAUGCACCUGGUACAGCUGCAGCAAGAUCGUGACAAUCAGUUCCCGGAGCUCCCUGGUGCUGCUGUUUCUUCUCACUCUCAGCCAGCCACCUCCCUCUGGACUGGAGGGGCCCCGUCCGCAUUAGUGUCUGGACGUGAAGAAGGAGACUCGACUGGCCAUGACUCUGGCGCCACAGCGGCUGCUACGCAUGAUGCUGACUUUGGUGAGGCUGCACAGGACGCUUCUCUGUCGGCUGACGUCUCAUCAUCGGAGGGUGGCAGUAUGCACGUGUCCGCCAGUCAAUCCUCCACUUCUAUAACUACCUCAGCAGCUGCAGUAGAUGGAGGAGAUGAUGAUGAUGAUGAUGACGGCAGUGGCGAUGAUCAUGAUGAUAGUGAUGAAGACGAGCCGGAAGGGGAUGGUGCUAUUGGUGUGGAUGCCAGUGACAGCAUGCCUUCCAUGGCUGGACCUGGUGAGCAACUGUACUCAGCAGAGCAGCAACAGUUUAGUUCGCUAGCCCUACCAAGCCAUGGCGCCACCUCCACGGCCGCCGCUGACAUCGUUGCUGCUGCUUCGCAUCACAUGCAGACUGGUACUACGUCAGGAGAUUCAACUGCUAGCGCCACUGCUGCUGGUGUGGUUGGUGCAAAAGGCGCUUUGCUCAGUCCAACAACAGCAGCACCUGCUGCUGCAGCCACUCUAGCACUGUCCUCCACUGCUCCUGUGAGUGGUUCUCAUCUCGACCAGCCACAACAGCAGCUUGGCCAAGCAGCUCCACUUCAGGAGCAACACUUGGCUAGCCAGCAUGCAGCCGUUGCAGCAGCAGCAGCAGCGGUGGCUGCAACAGCGGCUGCAACGACCAGCACGGUGUCUCCACAGGGUGAUGCCAUGUUCCGGCAGUACUUCAUGACAGCGCCUCCUGAUCGCCUGGCCUCGCUGAUCUGGAAUAGCUCUGCGCUGCAGAGUGUACGUCUUCUCGGCUUUCUCCUGCAGCAGGCCGGUGUUGUUAUGCCCGACAUCCCGCUGACUACACGCGUGCGUCCCUCCACCAAGCCCGACUUGUCAGAUCUCCCCAAUGACACUGUCCUUGUACAGCACUUGUACAACUUUGGCGUGCAGUUCCAGCUGUUGAUGGCGCGUACUGUGCUUCAUCAGCAACAGGUCAACACCCAAAAGCGGCAGCAGCCACCGAUGCCUGCGCAUGCGGACCACGCUCGUGUACCGCGUAACACGCUCGGGAUGCAGCAGCAGCAGCAGGUGCUGCAACACUCUCAAGUUCAGCAGCAAUUGCAGCAGCAGCCGCGGCAACCACACCUGCGACAACAGCAGCAGCAGCAACAACCACAACAACAACAACCACAACAACAACAACAACAACAACAACAACAGCAGCAGCAGCAACAACAACAGCAGCAGCAACAACUACAGCAGCGGCAGCAACAACAGCAACAGCAGGCACCGCGCAUGCCAGCCGGCGUGCAGUUAGCCCCCGCUGUACGAUCUGCACGCCCUCAAAUGUCACAGCAACAGCAGCAGCAACAGCAGGCUAUGCGGCAAGCUCAGCAGCACGCCACUCAGAAUGCUGCUAGAUUGUCCGCGCAAUCACAGGCAGCAGCAGCAGCAGCAGCAGCGGCGGCUGCACAUGCUUCUCUUGUUGUUGACAAGCAGCAGCUCCCUCAGCAGCAGCAGCAGAUGCAGCAGCAGCUCUCUCAGCAGCAGCAGCAGCAGCUCCCUCCUGGUGUUGUUCGCGGUGGGCCAGCCGCACCUGGAGCUCACUUCACCUCGGUGGCAGGACGAACAGGGACAACAGCAGCAGCAGCAGCCACCAAACGCAGUCCAGCUGCUCUCAUUCAGCAGCAACUGGAGGCAGCAGGAAUUGAUAAUAUAGUGCCUACCAGCGUUACUACUACCACUGCAGCAGCAGGUUAUGGUUAUGGCCAUGCUGCUGGUGCUGGAAAUGCUGUUAUCUCAACAGAGUCUAGCGAUGUAGAUCUCUCCACCAGCUCCUUGGCCAGCACUGAAGCCGCCAAUCACAUCGCAGCGGCAGCAAUGCUAGCUGCCACGGCCGCCGGUAGAGAUCAGGGUGAGGUGAAUCGCUUGUACCAGCAGCAGCAGCGUCACAACCAGCCUGGUCGACAACACACCACAGUAAUCCAGCAGCAGCAGCAGCAGCAAGCUGAGCAUGGUGCUGUAUCUGCUCACUCUGUCUCUACUAAUCAUCAAGACAUGGCCCAACGGCCACUGUCUCUUGCGUCUAAACCAGCAUUGGACAAUGCUGCGCAAAUGAGCCAUUCUGGCAGUCAGGACCCAGCACUACUAGCAUCAUCGUCAGUUCUGGCACCGGCCGAAAUUGCGCAGUUACGGCUGCAACACGAGCAGCAGCAGAGACAGCAGCAGGCUGCCGCUGGCGGUGCAGGUCAUCGCUCAGCCAUGGCAACUGCGCCGGCUCAUCACCAGCAGCAGCAGCAGAAGCAAGCUGCACUGAUAGCGCAGCAACAGCAGCGACUUCUUGCCCAGCAGCAGCAACACCAGCUUGUGGCGCAGCACCGGAAGCAAGCAGCACAGCGACAACAGCAACAACAGCAACAAUGGGUCAGGCAGCAGGAGCAGCAGCAGCGACUACAGCAGCAACGCCAGCAGCAGCCAGACUUGUCUAGCUACACAACAGGUGUAGCUGCUGAAAGUCAAGUUAGUAGUUCAACCGCUAUCCCUACGACUGAAAACUUUGUUCCUGAUCCAGUAAGGGGAGAUGAGUGUGUGCCGACACUACCAGCAACAGGUGGCACGUCAUCAAGUGCUGUUAAUAUCACAGCACCGGCAUCCCACUCCACUGGGUUGUCCGAGCAGAGCAAUAUCCACUUGCAGUCGGCCCUCGGCGACUUACCUAACCCGGAUUCGCUCAUGUCCGACUACCCAGUGGCAGCAGCCGGUGGUGCUGCCAGCUCUGUCACCGCCACAACUGCUCCUGCUGCAGCUGCAGCUACGCCCUCCCGGCGCCUGUCAUCAUCAUCAUCAGCAGUAGUAUCAGCAACAGCAGCAGCAGCAGCAGGAGAUGGCAAUGGUACAUUUGUGAAUGGCAGCAUGUCAGCAGCACAGGCAGCAGUGGACAGCAGUGCGCAUGACAAUGGCCGUUUGGAGCAAUAUAAUGAUGAUGGCGGCGGUGGCCAGGCGAUUGCUCAUGCAGAAGAAAGCACAACAGCGCUAGAUGGGACAGGCGGCAGUGCGGCUGUUACACCCGACACCAGCAGCGGCAGUGGCAGCGGCGGUGUUGUCGGUGAUGGUGAUGGUGGUGGUGGUGGUAGCAGCAGUCGUGCCAGCUCCACCAUGGCUACUACAACAGCCAGUGGCGGUGCAAGUUCACGCCACACGGAUAGCGCUGCCACUGCUGGUCUCGGCAAAGGGACAUCACAACCUGCCUCUGGACAAGGUCGACAACAAAGUCACCAUGUCCAUCAGCAUCAGCAUCACCAGCAACAGCAUCACCAGCAACAACAACAGCAUUAUCACGGUAGUGGUGGAGCUGCUGCUGGCGGUGGUGGCUCUGAAUACAAUCAGAAUCGUCGGCCAUCGGACAAUCGAAGAGGAGGUCGACGCCGAGGUGGAGGUGGCAAUACAGGUGGUGGUGGUGGUGGUGGCGGCGGUGGUGGUGGAGGCGGGGGUAGCCGUGGUGCCAGUCAACCUGGCACACAUGCUACUGGAUACCGCCAACAGCAGCAGCCGCAGCAACAAGGUCGCACCGCAGGCUACACGCAACAGCCGGUAUCAGGCGGGCCCUCGUCAUUAUCACCAUCGUCAUCGUCGUCGUCGCCACGUGACUUCCACAGGAAAGCUGGAGGCUCUGCAGCAGCGGGGCGACGUGAUCCUGUAGCUAGUGCUGCUGCCGCUACCUCGUUUGGUCUUGGACCGACAGAUCAUGCAUCACCGUCUUCAUCAUAUCAUGGCCAGUAUCAGCAACGCAACAGUGGCGGCGGCGGCGGUGGUGGUGGUGGUGGCGGCAGCGGUGGUGAUCUGCAAGCAGCAGCAGCAGCAGCAGGACAAGUGCGGCCCACUGGUGGUGGGUCUGCGUUUGGUCUCGACAGCUUGGAUAGUUUCAACCCGAAUGCGACGGAGUUUGUGCCUGCCGCCUCUGGCCGCCGUAGUCGCACAACUGCUCCAAAUGCUCCCAGAUAG